AUGCGAUUAUUUCUUACGCAAUAUACAUUCUCACGAAUUUGUUCAUUCUUCAAUAGGCGUGUUUAUGUCGGAAACUUGAGCUGGUCAGUCGCCUGGCAAAGCUUAAAGGACCACAUGCGCCAGGCGGGCGAAGUCGUUCAUGCUGAAGUUAUUAUGGAAUAUAACGGACGGUCCAAAGGAUGCGGAAUCGUCGAAUACGCGACGGAUGAAGAAGCACAGGAAGCCAUCAAAACGCUGACAGAUACAGAGCUGAACGGGCGAAUGAUUUUCGUUCGCGAAGAUCGAGAAACACCGAAUCAAGGAGCGUCUUAUCAAGGUGAAUCGCGGGGCUGGAUCGGGUCGUGGCGCGGUCGUGGGCGUGGAGGGCGUGGUAUAUCAUCUUACGGCGGUGGACGUGGUAUAGGCCGCCUCAAUGUUGACGCGGAGACACAAUUAUUCGUAGGCAAUCUCGCUCAGUCGACGACCUGGAGGGAAUUGAAGGACCAUUUCCGCCAAUGCGGUGACAUUCAACGUGCGGAAGUCAAAAACGGGCCGGCUGGGCAAUCUAAAGGUUUCGGGACAGUUCAAUUUUUGAAGAAGUCAGAUGCCAAGGAUGCUAUCACUCAACUCAAUGGUAGCGAGCUUCAAGGCAAUGUUAUAGAAGUGCGGCUCGACCAGAAAGCUCGCUAAAUGGAUAAUCUGCUCCUAGUGGAAUGUGCUUGCGAAAACCUUUGCUUAAUAAAUGGUGCGAAGCGUGUCUUUGUAAGGCCUCUUCGCUCACAUGAGAGAGGCACGGAAGGGUACAGUUAAAACUAUUAAAACGGUCUAUAAAUGUGU